AUGGUUUCGUAUAAAGUUGAGCACAUCAAACUGAUAAAGGCCCCGAAAGACAUUAAGGAGCUACCGAAUAUUCUGAAUUCGGCGACAGAAGAAAGCGCUUGUGGACAGACACAUUUCAAGAUAGGCAAAAAGUAUAUCUUCGCUGGCUCUUCAUUAAGCAAUUCAUCAAUAUUUAUUUCAUUCUGUGAUUGGAGAGUUCCUUUGAAAUAUUACGACAUUAAAACGCUGGAGCUCAAUGCCGAUUGGGACAAAUUUGUGAAAUCCGUCGGAGAAUGCGCAAAGAAAUCAAACGUUUAA